ACUGGUUUUAAAACUAAAGCAUAAACAAUCACAAAGCUAUUUUAUCGUCAAUGUUAAUGUUUUAUGUUUGCGUAUGUAUGCUUUGUGUCUAAAUAUUUUUGAAGAUUUUAAAAUUGUUCCAUAACUUAUUAUUGUUUUCGAAUAUAUAAGUGUUCAGACUCACAGGUAUUAAAAUAUAUGGGUAUUUACAUUACAUGGGCCUUAACCCUGUCUUGGAUAAAAACACGGAUACCCGAGUAGUUCAAUACACGUGUGAUUGUGACCUCUAAUUUACAUGGUUGAGCUACAUUUUUCCGUAUUAUACUGCAUUAUUGCAUUUAUGUCUUUUGCUAUUGAUUUACUAUUAGUCGUCGCAAUCCACGCUUUUUUCAAUCAAAUAUCAUUAUGUCACGUAAAGGCUUAAUACAAAUAUCUUGGCAGCGAAUUCGACCGUCGACUUUGACCGUUGUUAAUCACUUAAUAUUGAGCAUGGAUCAGCAGCACGAUAGUGAUACUGUUUUUAGAUCGGUAAUAGUUAUUUGUAAUUUUUUUCAAUUCACUAUUUUUGGGAACUUAUUUUCAUGUGUUUCAACUUGUUUUCAAGUGGGAUAAACGAUCAAUGAAUUCCUUAAUCUUCCGUACGAAAAUUCAAGGUUUUCGUUGAUAGUAUGGUAAUAAUAAUAAUAAUAAUAAUAAUAAUAUUAAUGACGUGCCGAUUUCAGUAACGUUUUACAACAGGAAAAUUAUACGAUUCGUAUAUUGUAUUGGAUAACAUAGUAAUAUACUAUUAAAAGGGGUUAAGGCCUGCAGUCACGGAUGAAUACUGUACAAUUAAUUGUGCAGGUGUAUAUUUAUUGUACUUAUAACCUCAUGUAGCGCAGCAUGUAAUAAUAACAGCAUUAUAUUAAAAUAUAUAUAUAUAUAUAUAUACUUACCGUCUUGCGUUGAUUUGUCUGCUGCGCAAAAACGUAAGAUUUACUACACCAUGUGAUUGAAUUUGAAAUAAAAUAUGACGUGGUAUAAUCGAAUAUCCUGGUCGCUAUAAUCCACUACACGUAUCCGAUUCGUCGACAGUAAGACGUAUGAUUAUCACGAGUUGUACAAGAGCUAACACGUGGAGGUAGCCCGAAUAGGGAUUUAGAAAUUUUAAAUGUUCCGAUAUUGUUAUUACAUACGGUGUUAUAAGUCAUAAAUGCUACGAAAAAUAUCGGUGAUAUAAUACUAUCGUUUUUGCCGUAUAUUUAAUAAGAUAUUGUAUUAGAUGUAGAUUUUCCGUCAUUUAUACUACACAUUUAUUGACUGGUAUAUUUUUCAAUUGAAUAAAUGAUCACGUGUUGGGUGAUUACAAAUAAUUACAAAAAACGCCGAGAUUCCGGAACUUAUGCGCAUAAGUCAUACACAAUUCGAAAAAAGAAAAGUGUAAGAAAAUAUUAAGAAUAUAAUUGUUAUUAAAAAUUUACCAUAAUGGCUCAAUGAAAAACAUGAAACUAUGAAAACAUGUUUGUUUACAUAUACUAAUGAUAUAGUCGAGUUAUAGAUAUUUUGAAUUCAUUAUACCGGUGACUUUCUUUGAAAACGGUCGAUUCUUAUACAAGCAGUAUUCUUCAUUGCAUUGUUUAAACGUUGAAGCUUAUAUUUACGUUUAUUUAUAUCGAGACAACGCUUCAUUUGUGUACGUAAGCACAUAGAAAGAAACGUCGGAAAAUAUCGAAAAGGAUUCAAAAAGCUUCAAAUUAUCCAAGACGAUCAUGGACAGUGUCAGACCGGAGCGUGAACGAAACACCUUAAGAGGCACAGGCCCGUCUUUCCGCUUUUCUAAUCGACGAUUCGACGGAUACCAGCAUUUAGGAGCGUCGGAAAACCAAUAUCCGAGCGGACGAAACAAUGAGAUAAGGUCGAGACGACCGAUUACCAGAAAGUCUCAGUCCGGUAGUGGUGAUUCUACCGGACCCGUAUGUCGUCCGCAGUCUUGGCAGUGUGCGAUGCCAAACAAAGUGCUAAUUGUAUAUGGGUUGGAAAGAAUAACUGUUAAUUGUGAUAAUAUCUUUAACCUGUUUUGCAUGUACGGCAACGUGACGGCUGUGAAAGUUUUGAAAGGAAAGCAAGUACUCGUCGAGCUACAAGACGUCGAGACUGCUAAGCGAUGUGUGGCCAACUUGAACUUGGUUCGUUUGGACGAAACAACUAAGCUAAAAGUCAAAUAUUCAAAACACUCGUUCAUCAACAAUCAUAGAACGUCGAGAAUGUCGGACGGCACGUCGGCUAUGAAAAAUUAUCUCAACUGCAAGCUUAACCGAUUUAUCGGAAACGUGAAGAAAUACGAGGAUCAGCGACGAACCACAGCUCCGUCAAAAAUUUUGCAUUUCUAUAAUGCACCGACGGAUAUUUGCGCCAAAAAGAUUCACAAGGCGGUGACGGAGGCUCUUGGUUGCAUAGACGCAAUAAGAUCAAUAACCAUUUUGCCUAAAAAACUUCCAGGCGCUAAGUGUUCAACUGGUCUGGUUGAAAUGAAAAGCGUCGAAUUGGCGGUAAAAACAAUUUUCAUUUUGAAUCAUAUGUCAUUCGAAUCGUCAAAAUCCAGAUUUCCAUUUAUAACAAAGUUGUGCUUCUCAAAAUGGUCCGAUAUCCGGCGGCAGUCCACGGGCUCGUCCGAUCUGCUGUUGAGCAUUACGCCUUGCAUAUCGUCGUCGUUGCACAAUUCCGAGUACGCCGUGCCCACGGCUGAGUACCCGAUCGCACGCACGACCCUGCAGACGACCGGGCCCGAUGGAGCUUCGUGGACGUUGUGGGAAACUAAGGAUAUUGUGACGGUGGCCAUUGACCACGUUACAGUAAAUCUUGAGCGACCCACGGACGCAUCGCUGAACGAGUUGCGUGUAACCGAUAAUCCGCCAGCCACAUUGUUCACUGCUCCACGGCAAAUGAAUGACAAGACGUCGUAGCCGUGUAAACGUUGCUCUCGGUUCGGAAGAUUUCCAUUCAUCUCGUUCGAGGGUUAUUAAAUAUGUACGAAAUAAAUAUUGAAUAUACAAUAUUUUAUAGUUUA